AUGGUGCCCUCGGGGAUCCUGGUAACAGGAACAUCUUUCGCCGCGUUCCGGGGGCUGCACUGGGGGCUGCAGACGCUGCCCGCGCCUGGACCUGCUGCUAAGAAUCCUUGGAAGUGGUGGAACAUUUGCGUCUCUCUGUUGCACAGCCUGCUCUCUGGGGCCGGGGCGCUGCUAGGGCUGUGGCUGUACCCGCAGAUGUUCUUCGAUCCCAUUCAUGGCCACCCACCUUGGACUCUGGCGCUGGUGGCUAUGUCUGUGGGUUAUUUCCUGGCCGAUGGAGCUGAUCUCCUGCAGAACCAGACCAUCCGCCAGGCCUGGGACCUACUCUGUCACCAUUUGGUGGUAGUAAGCUGCCUCAGCACCGCGGUUCUGUCCAGCCACUACGUGGGCUUCUCCAUGGUGUCUCUACUCCUGGAGGUGAACUCUGCCUGCCUGCACCUGCGCAAGUUGCUGCUGCUCUCGCACCAAGCCUCGUCGUUGGCCUUCAGCAUGGCCAGCUGGGCCACCCUGGCCACCCUGGUCCUCUUCCGCCUGGUGCCUCUAGGGUGGAUGAGUCUGUGGUUGUUCUGGCAGCGUCAUCACCUGCAUCCGGCACUGGUGGUUCUUGGUGGUGGUGGGCUUGUUGUUGUGGGUACAGUGAGCAUCAUACUGGGGGUCCGAAUCCUGGUCAGUGAUAUCCUGAGAUCUCGAUCCCACCAACACACCACUAAACGCAAGGAAACUGUGGGGAGCAGAACAUGUGGUGGUGGCAGUGAGACUGUCAGGGCUGACCACAGGGGCAAUUCCACCCUCAGCCUGGAAGACUAGGGAGAAGCCACAGGCUUCCUGGUGGAGGUGGGCCAGCACAGAAGGAUGGUGGUCCUUAAUGCCCAUUCUCCCAUUGGGUCAGUGUCUCUUCCAUCUAAUUUGUACCCUUUCCCAUUCCUCAGAUCUGAGGAGAAAAGCUGAGAUCUGUGGGUGGGCAGGAACCAGGAUCGUGUCCCCUGGCUUCCAUCAUCAAAGAACCGCUCUUUCCAGCAGACUCACCCAAGAGGUAAAGCCAGUGCUCCACGAUGGCAUAGCUGGGGGCAGGAAGCUGGAAGAAACUGCCAAAGGGAACAGAAGCCCUAUGUCCAGGUAGUACAGGGACAGCGGAGGGACGGUGAGGUUCUGCCAGGAUCCCAGAGGUCCAGUCUGCAGGGGGAAGGUCAGAGGGAAGAGAGACCCCCCUGUGGCCACAUUCUGGCAGUGGGAGGAAGGAACAAGUGGCGCCCUGUCCGGGAGGCAUGGCAGGAAUAGUUGCCAAGAGUCCAGAGAACCCGGAUGAAAGCAAUUCCUGGUGAUAUAUUUGGAUUUCAAAACCACGGUAUUGCGCUUAAAUUUUCCCUCAAUUCUACUAUGCCCACCCAGUGACUUUUGUCUUUUGCAUUAUCUGACCAUUUAAACAAAAAUGCAGAUGCAUAGGGGGAUGAGCUUGAGUCUGGCUCUGUCUUCUUGGCAAAGGAUAGAUGUCCAAUGUCUCAGGAGGGACUCAAACAUCCAUUCUGGGUAUCCUGGUGUAGGAUCCUCCUAGAGAAGCGGUUUUCAAACUGUGGGUUGUGACCCCUUUGGGGGUUGAACGACCC